AUGAGGAGGGCCGGCGGCAAGGACGGCGGGGAGGACAAGGUCAUGGGCCCGCUCUUCCCCAGGCUCCACGUCAACGACACCACGCUCAAGGGCGGCGGCCCGCGCGCGCCGCCCCGCAACAAGAUGGCCCUCUACGAGCAGUUCAGCGUCCCCUCCCAGCGCUUCGCCGCCAACGCCGCCAACACCGCCCCAGCCGCCGCCCACCGCCCCGCCGCCAGCUACGCCGCGGUCUCCUCCGCCUCCGCCGGACAGAUUGGUGGGAUCGACAGACCUCUCUUUCCAUCAUUUUGUGUGCCUUCAAACGAACCUGUGCGUUUGCCCGAACACAUCAAGACCAACUCGAGUGGGCGGGAUGGCCAUGCUACAUCUGGGAGGCUUUCCACCCUGCUUAAGAGCAAGGACGCCUAUGCUGCAGGAUCGACUGCUGAGUGUAGUAGUUCACAGCGUAGAGACAAUAACAGCAACAACAACAACAACACGAAGAAUUCUUCUGGGAAGAAGUUGACUCACGAUGAUGAUUUUACGGUUCCUUCUGUCUUCUGCUCUGGAGUGCGCCCUCGCUCCAACCAUGAGGAAGUGAGGAUCCAAGAGAAUUCCACACCCUUCCCAGCUACAAGUCCGUAUAAGAGUGGGCCUACGCUGUCCAAACCAACUGCAAAAUUUCCCAACACCGACAAGAGGUACCUGGAAGGAAGGAACGCGUCGGACACGAGAUCAAUGGACUCUCCAAGUAUUAUCAGGGACAAAGCACCAGCAAACACAACGACAAACUUUUUGGAAGCUGAAGAGAGGACUUCAUCAUUUCAAUUUCCUGCAGAGAAGACAAUGGGUAAAAGAGACGACAAAGGCUCUUCGUAUAGUAGGGUAAAAGAGACGAGCAGUAUAAAUGUUUCUGAUAAGCAACAUUCCCGAAACGAGGGGCAUCAGGCUAGAACAAGGAAUGAGAAUGCUGCUGAGUCUCAGAAUGCUCCAAAGGCUGGAAAUGGGCCAUACUCUACUGACAUCGCAUGCAACGGCGCUUCUAAACUGUCGGAGAAAGGCCUAAGAGAGACUGGUGAAAAGAGAAAAAGAUCAACCGGACAUCACGAUGUGCAGAGGGAUGAUUCCUCGGAUUCCUCUGUGGAAUCUCUGCCAGAUCUGGAGAUCUCUCCAGAUGAUGUUGUCGGUGCUAUUGGUCCAAAGCAUUUCUGGAAAGCAAGAAGAGCUAUCGUCAAUCAGCAGCGGGUUUUUGCUGUCCAAGUGUUCGAGCUGCAUCGACUGAUCAAACAGGUGCAGAAGUUGAUUGCAGCAUCUCCACACCUACUUAUUGAAUGGGAUCCGUGCCUUGGCAGUGCCCUGGUGACAAGCAAGAAGAAGACGGCUGCAGCCAAUGUGGAAAAGCAGCUUCUAUCAGCUAAAAGCAAAGAUGACGAUGAUGCACAGCUUACCCUGCAGCAGGCGGAGUACUCGAAAGACAACACUGAAGGAAACCAGGCUUCACCAUCUCAAGACAAUGAUGUAGUCGAGGUCCGGCAUGAGAACCAAGCUGCAUCAAACGGUGCGGUUAGCAGUAACCCUCCUGCUAUGCCUGCUCCUCCCGACAACAAGCAGAACAACUGGUGUGCUCCUCCGCCUCAGAAUCAGUGGCUCGUUCCCGUCAUGUCUCCGUCGGAAGGGUUCGUCUACAAACCAUACACAGGGCCGUGCCCCCCGGCAGGAAGCAUCUUGGCCCCGUUUUACGCAAGCUGUGCUCCUCUGAGCCUGCCAUCUACAGCUGGGGAAUUCAUGAAUUCUCCAUACGGCAUCCCUAUGCCUCACCAGCCGCAGCACAUGGGCGUCGGCGGCCCACCAGCCAUGCCCCCGAUGUACUUCCCGCCUUUCAGCGUGCCAGUGAUGAACCCGGUGGUCUCAUCCUCUGCAGUGGAGCAGGUGAGCCGCGUGGCCGCAGCGCGACCCAACACUCAUGUCGAGCACCACUCAAGGAGCUCGUGCAACAUGAGGAACGAGGCCGUGUCGGCCGGCGGCGUCUGGAGGUUCCACUCGUCCCGCGGCAGCGAGCUGCAAGGGAGCAGCGCCGCCAGCAGCCCUUUUGACAGGCAGCAGGGCCAGGGCGAGGCGAGGGGCCCUGCCGCGGCCGCACCUGCGGCGCCCCUCCCUACGUCGUCGGCCGGGAACGGGAACGCGGCCCAGCAACCCCAGGUCUCCUCGGGCAGCCAGGAGAACCCGGUGGCGGCAGCGGCCCGUGUGAUCCGGGUGGUCCCGCACACAGCGCGCACCGCGUCAGAGUCGGCGGCGCGCAUCUUCCGGUCGAUCCAGAUGGAGAGGCAGCAGAACGGCCCGUGA